AUAAAAGGCUCUCUCUUUGUUUUGAAGACGAUCUGCGGAAAGCUGGUACACUCGAAAAUUCUGUGGAGGAGCUCAGCCUACAGGAUCGCGACAUGUUUAACAGUCUCCCGCCGCGGUCUGGCCGGCAUCGUUACAAGGCCUUCAUCGCUUAUAAGUCGUCUAGCCGCUCCCUCCGCAUCGCUAAAUCAGAAGCGGUUCAGCCAAGUUGAAGUUUUUGGUCCAUUUGAUCCACCAAAGCAGUUGACAUUCAAGCAGGUUGAAGAACGCGUGUUGAAAGCUAUCCGGGCGUGGGAUCGGUUUCCAGCUGACAAGGAAACGAUGCUCAAACUUGAAGCUGAUUUCAGCAAAGAUCUUGGAUUUGAUUCUUUGGAUCAGGUGGAGAUAAUGAUGGCAGUGGAAGAUGAAUUUGGUUUUGAAAUUCCUUUGGAAGACUCAGAAAAGCUUAAAACACCUCGCGAUGUUUUUAAGUACAUUUGUGAGCGAGAAGACGUAUAUGAGUAACGUUGUAUGUCUUUCCGACGCUCGAAUUUUUUGGAUAGAUUUAUAGUGUACAGUAAUAGAGAUCUUUGAUUAGAUGUUGCGUAAACCACAGAUGACUCAAGUGUGUUUUUGUUCUUUCAUUGUGCAUUUUUCGUAUUUGAGUACCAUGUCAAACAAAACUACAGCGACAGGUUGUCUUGCGGAGAUCUGGACAGUAAGCAC